GUGUUUUUCCUCUGCGCAGGGUGUGGAAGGAAGUGAUGUCAGAGCAGCAGGACGGGGAGGCGGCGGCGCCCGUGUACGUGUACGAGUCCAAGGUGCACUGCGCCAACGUGCUGCUGAGCCUGGAGGAGCAGCGGAGGCGGGACAUCCUGUGUGAUGUCACGCUGCUGGUGGAGGGCAGGGAGGUCCGGGCGCACCGGGCCGUCCUCGCCGCCAGCAGCAGCUACUUCCUGCAGGUGCUGCUGGGACACGGCGGGGGCGACGCCGAGCCCAUCAUCAGCCUGCCAGACAAGGUACGGGGCACAAUAACCCAGUGAGAACACCCAGGGGGCUCACAGCUCCGGACUUCAUCUUCAUUUGUUCUGUGAGCAGUUCUGGAACUGACGACAGAACAGGAUCAGAACCUCUCUUUGUACGGUGUUGUCCAGUCAGGUUUCAGUUCUGACCCGUUAGAACUGGACUUGUUGUUCCACAGCUGGACUCUGC